UGGAAAAAAAGCCCGAAUAAAAAGAACGACCAGGCGCAAAACAGGGCAGUAUUUCUUGUUAUUUUUCAUUUCCAAAACCAAAGUGUAAUCGAAUCAUUUGAACAAGCGAUAUUCUCGAGAUUUGUCUUCUGCUUACUGUCGAUUUCCAGUAACCACAAUGUUUAGGAUAUUGUGUUCCACUACUCGACAAACCACAAUUAAAUUUUGCUCUAAUAAUUCGGCUCUUCGUGUCCGAAACAGUUCAAAUGUGUAUAACAUUGUGUCCCGAACACAACGCAACAAACCCCCUGUGGAAGUUAUAAAAUGGGUGCUUUUAGUUAUUCCAGUCACAUCUUUUGGUCUAGGUUGCUGGCAGAUGUACAGGCUGAGAUGGAAGCUGGAAUUGAUAGAUAUUAUGAGUGCAAAAGCAAAUGCAGCUCCCGUUGAAUUGCCUCAUGAUUUAUCUGAUCUUGAUGGUAUGGAGUAUGUGCCUGUCAAAGUUCGAGGGGUAUUCUUACAUGACAAAGAGUUUACAAUUGGGCCAAGAGCCCUAAUAGAGUCAGAAGGCCCUGCCCGCCCAGGGUCCCUCAUGUCCGACCCUAAGAAGAAUCAGGGUUGGCUGGUCAUCACACCAUUCAAGCUGAAAGAAACUGGACAGGUGAUACUAAUUAACCGUGGCUGGGUACCGCAGACGAUGAAGGCUAAAGAACAACACUCAGCUUCCUUUAUCAAGGGAGAGGUGGAGCUGACAGGCAUUGUGAGACUCACGGAGAAGCGACCACCAUUCAUGCCAAAGAAUAAUCCUGAGAAAGGAGCUUGGUUUACAAGGGACCUCGAUCAGAUGGCAGCCACGAUCGGCUGCGAGCCGGUGUGGCUGGACGCGCGGGGCAUCCCCGACCCGCCGCCCGGCUGGCCCGUGCCCAACCAGACCCGGGUCACGCUGCGCAACGAGCACAUGUCCUACAUCGUCACGUGGCUCUCUCUGUCCGCGUUUACUUCCGUCAUGUGGCAUCGCUACUUCAUCAGGAAGCUGCCCUUGCUGUGAAUAGUUAAGCUAACUGUUGUAGUUGUUUGUUGUAAGUAAAUGUGUAAGUAGAUUUGCAGAUAUUAUGUGUUAUUUUAAUGGUAUUAUCAGCUUUUUGUAGAAUUUUCUUGUAAAUAAUAUAUAAGUACUUGUCUAAAUAAAAAGAGUUAUUGAGAUCA